AUGUUUCUUCUUCUGCUUCUUCUUCUUCUUCUUCUUCCCCGCUUUCCCCUCUUCCUUCUGAACAAAAAAGAAGAAAAAUGUCUUCGAGUAAUUAAUAAAAUAUUUGCGUCGUAUUUUAAAAGUUUAUUGACCCCGACCCCAUAUUUACAAUUGGCAGCCGAACUUGGGAAAACUCUACUAGAACGUAACAAAGAAUUAGAAACGAAUUUAAGACAAUGUCAAAACAUAAUUGAUGAACAAUCCCAGGAAAUAGAAUAUCUAACGAAACAAUCAACAGCCCUUCGUAAAACGAAUGAGAACAGAAUAAGAAUUUACGAACAGUUAGAAGUUGGCAUACAAGAAUUGGAAAGAGCGAAUCAAAGAUUGGCGUUAGAUAAUUCAGCUGAUAAAAAACAAAUAAAAACGUUAUGCGCUUAUCGAGAUAUAUUGGAAGCGAGGUGCGAAGAACUCCAAAAAUCAUUGGACGAUGCGAGAGUUCAACAAACGAUACAAAAAGAAAAAUUAAGGAGGCUGUCAAGUUCGAAAGAGGAAAUAGAAGGAGGAGUAGGAGGAGGAGAAGGUGGAGUAGGAGGUAAGGGAGAUGCAAAUAAAACAAAUUGUGCCACGGUCAUAAGUCAAACAUCUAUAGAAAAUAAUUCGGAAGACGAGGAAGAUGUUAUUAACCGGCUUUCGAUCAAAAAUCAAGAGCUCAAAAGUCAAAUGUCUAAAGAUCAGAGAAAAAUAGCGGAUUUGGAAGAGGAAAUAUGCAGGAGAAUACAAGAUAUGGCUUUGCUAGAGGAAGAACUUUGCCAGAGAGAAGAACAAGUCAAAUUCCUUCGCGAAGAAAUUGCCAACCUCGAAGAAUUAAGGUCGGAAAAUCUUUGCACGAGGUGUUUGAAAGAAUUAGGUGUGCCACAAAAACAUCAAAUGUUAUUCGAUCCGGAAGAAGAAGAAGGAGAUGAAGAAGAAGAAUUUUUAAGCGAUGGUUCAAAAUACUCGAGCGAAGUUCACAGCCAUCAAGAGGUUAAGGAGGAAAAUCCGUAUAGAACAUUGGCCGAAAUGUACGAGUCACUAGUCAGAGAGCAGACGGAAAAUCGAAAAUUGAGCAUGGAAUUUUCAAAAUCGAGUCCUUUGAAUUGUCUCUCGCUACAGGAAGAACUCAAACCGUUUCAAUUCAACGGAUUCAAUAAAGAAUCGAGAGGGGAUGAAGAAGCGCAAUGCAAAGAGGAUAGAAAAGAUGAAGAGCAGAGAAUGAUUGGCAAGAGCAAAUCAUUUUCAACAACCGGAGCUGAUUUUUCCGAAGCGGAAACGUCUUCGUCGGGUUUUUCAGAUGAAACGAGCAACAAAUCAACUCAAACUGAAAGAAAUCUCGUGACGGGUUCAUUCCUUUGUUCCAUUGCCGAUGGAGAAGACUGCAUGUUUAGCAUUUACGACGAUGCUCGUCCGAUAGAAAGCCGUUUCAGAAAGAUACCGGAAUACAGGAAUUUAUUUCGGGAAAUAUUUGCCGUUUUGAAACGUGCGGCCGAAGCUAAAGACAACGGAGAACAACUUCCGUUGUUGGACGAUUCGACGCCAAUUUCCGGAAGUAUGCCGAAAGUACCGCCUGUAACUCCGGCCGCCGAAGAACCGCCGGUCGAUUUCGAAGACUUGCAAAGUCUUCCAGAAUCUCUUAACAAAUCGGAAAUUACAUCGGAAACAUCUUCGACGGUCGAUUCGAGAUUGGACGAAACUCUUAAAGAUGCAACGUUGGAAGAUUUACCGUCAUCUCAAAUCGGAGCGGAAUCAUCGAAAAGAGAUAUACGCAUGACGAAUGAUAUACUAGAGUAUAUAUCCAUCGGUGUCGGAGUCAAGAAGAAAACAAAACGUAAGAAUAACAAUUCGCCGGCGAGAAGGAUAAAAGUAUCGGAACUCGUUGAAAAAAUCGAAGCCGCAUCAUUGAACAGUCCGAAAAAAUCGGGAAGAAGGAGAAAAGAAUGGAGAAAUUACGAUUCUCUACAAGUGAGUUCGAGAACGGAAUCACCCGCCAUGCAACCACACGUUCUCACGACCAUACAACGGAAGGAAACACCUCCGAAUUCUUCACAUAAGAACAAAACGACAAGCACGUGGUCGUUUCAACCCUUCGUGAGCACGGCCGCUCAAGAAGUUGCAAAAUUGAAAAAAUUAGAAAAAUCAUACGCGGAAGUUUUGAAACAAACGGCCGUGCAAACAAAAAGUUUUGCUCGCUCAAAAACCUUUGAUUACGCUUCAAAAGUCCGAACGGGAAAUUUUCAAAGUUAUUAA